UUAAACACAGCCAGCCUCCGCUCUCUGCCGCGGAUUACAGAAGCAUCAAAUCUCUCUGAUCAAAGUCAAAUCUGCUCCCAUCGUCUCUGAUCACGUUUUAUCCGCUCCCUCUGCGCGCACCUGUGCGUCUUUUCCGCUUCCGUGGUUGGAUGAAAACUGAGGCGCUACUGCAUGUCUGAGUGUAAAGAGAAGAGUUUAUGGUUUUACUUCCGCCAUCAUCGGUCGGAUCGUUAACUGGGAAUUCUCCAGCCUCCCGUCAUGGGGAACAACGUGUCGGGACUGUCGGCGCUGCAGAGAUCCCAGCAGCAGGGUUUCCACAGGCUGCGGAGCUCCCAGAAAGACUCCCUUGGCGGCCCGUUCCCGUCCACGUCACACCGAUGUCACCACAAAUCCAAGAGGUGUCUGCCCAUCCAGUGCGGCAGCGUCGGCGGGCCUUUCCCGGUCAGCCCGCUCCUUUUCCAUCCAAACACCAAGGGAUCCCAAAUAGUCAUGGACCUGGCCCAGAAGACUGUCAAGAGGCAGGCCAGCUUCUGCAACGCCAUUACCUUCAGCAACAGGCCCAUUGCGCUGUACGAGCAAGUCCGCCUCAAGAUCACUAAAAAGCAGUGCUGCUGGAGCGGAGCUCUGCGUCUGGGCUUCACCUCCAAAGACCCCUCCAGGAUAAACCCCGACAACCUGCCGAAGUACGCCUGUCCCGAUCUGGUGUCCCAGAGCGGCUUCUGGGCCAAAGCUCUGCCCGAAGAGUUUGCCAACGAGGGAAACAUCAUCGCCUUCUGGGUCGACAAGAAGGGCAGGGUCUUCUACCGCAUUAAUGAGUCCAGUCCCAUGCUGUUCUUCAGCGGAGUCCGGACAGCGGAGCCGCUCUGGGCCCUCAUCGAUGUUUACGGUCUGACCCGCGGAGUCCAGCUGCUAGACAGUGAGAUCGUUCCUCCGGACUGCCUGCGCCCACGCUCCUUCACCACGGUGCGCUCCUCCUCCCUGCGGCGCGAGGCCGACGAUUCCCGCCUCUCCGUCAGCCUGUGCGAUCUCAACCUGCAGCAGGAGGACCGAGGCCCCGCCCACUCUCACCGCCACACGCUGCACCUGGCCUCGGCGUCCUCCUCCUCCACCUGCCCCAUUCCCCAGAAUUCCCUGAACUCGCAGCAGUCCUCCCUGCUGCCGUCGGCCCUGGAGAGCGACCUGCACUUCCACCAGCUGCGCGGCGCCCACAUCAAGACGCUGGACGAGCAGACAGUGGCCCGGUCUGAGCACGCCCGGGAGGAACGGACGCUGGUCUUCACCAACCGGCCCCUGCGCACCGGAGAGACCGUCUUCAUCAAGGUCACCAAGUCCAGCCCGGUGCGCUCGGGCUCCCUGUCGUACGGCGUGACCUCCUGCGACCCAGCGGUGCUGCGCCCCAGCGACCUGCCGUACAACCCAGAGGCUCUGGUGGACAGAAAGGAGUUCUGGGCCGUGUGCCGCGUGCCGACGCCUCUGCAGAGCAGCGACAUCCUGGGCUUCCUGGUCAACCAGGAAGGGGAGGUCAUCCUCAGCCACAACGGCACCAACGUGGGGAUGCAGGUGUGCGUGGACAACUCGCGCCCCCUCUGGAUGUUCUUCGGCCUGCACGGAGCUGUGACGCAGCUGAGGAUUCUGGGCUCCACUCACGUUGGAGACCCACGAGCCACAUCCAACCCCGGCUCGCCCUCCUCCUCCCCACACACACCCAGCGCCCUGGGGAGCGGCAUCUCCGAUCCGGUCCUGAACGGAGGCUUGUGUUCGGCCGCCUACUGCAGCUCAGCAGGAGGAACGACGCCCAGCUCCCCCGUCAGCCUCCCCAAGUCUCCCACCUUCCCGUCGGGCCGGGGCCCGUGGGCCGACGAGUGCUCCAUCUGCUAUGAGAACGCCGUGGACUCGGUCAUCUACACCUGCGGACACAUGUGUCUCUGCUACACCUGCGGCCUCAAGCUGAAGAAGAUGUCCAACGCCUGCUGUCCCAUCUGCAGGAGACAGAUCAAAGACAUCAUCAAGACGUAUCGCAGCACGUAAAGAGCGCCUCAGUCUGACCAACAGUCGGUGACGUUCAGGGACUUUGUUUUCCUCCUCUGGGAUUGGAGAAAGCUUUCAGUGAGAAAGAAGCUGGACUCAUCUCGUCUUGAAGCCUUUGGCUGUGAUUUGGGCCUGAUUGUGCUGAAGCUACCGAGUCAAUUUGGAGCUGAAUGUGUUGACGGCUCCUUAGCGUGUUGACUGACACUCUGCUUGGUGAAGCACGCCUGCUGCACGUCAUCCUCAGUACAUCACAACUUGUGUCUGUGUGACACUGGGCGCAGCUCGGCUGCUUCACCGUGAUAUUUGGUGUUAGAGAAGCCCAGCGGUGCUGAGUCUCCAGUAGGAUUGUAACCUCUCUUGUACUCAUAUAAUCUAACGUACCUUGAUGGUAGUUUUAUUUCAAAUUGUCGGUAGCUCUAUUGUCGUGCUAGCUAGCUGCUUGUUCUGCAGUGUGAUGUGUCGCACUAAAAUCAGCAUUUAUUGAGACUCAUCUGCUGAAACAAUCUCAAACCUGCAAACUCUGCAGCUCUGAUUUCUUACAGAAAACACAAACAGUCAUGUGGUUACUCCUCAGGACCAGCUGCCAUUUCUGAAUACAACUUUAUCCAAAUUCUACCUACAAAGUUCUGCCUGACACACUGUGAGUGUUGAAUCUAAAGAAUCCUCCCCAUCCCAAGAGUUAAAGGAUUGUUGCCAUCAGCCUCCUGCCUUAACGCACAGAACCUGUUCUGUGUUCCAAAAACCCCCGAUGGAGAACCAAACCAUGCUGCUGUGUGGCUCAGACUGCCACAGCUGUUCACUCAGAGGAGAAACAAAAAGCACAUGAAAUCUAACUAUUUUUGUAGAAACCCAUUUUCCUUAUUGAAUAUUUUAGAUGUAAGAUGUACUUUGUGACAGAAGUUUCAUCAGCAGCAGAGAUCCUUUACUGAAAGUUUAGUGGAAGGACAAAAGAAAAGUUCAAAUUGAUUAUUUCUUUAAAUAUUUCAAUGAUUUAUAGUCCUGAAUUUUUUUGAGUAUAUAAUUUAUAUUUAUUGUAAAAAGAAAAUGUAGUAAUAAUUCCAAGGUUUACCAGCUCAGGAAACAA